AGACGGGAGCUCUUUAUAAGAGGAGCGUCACCACUCCUCCUCGCUGCCUUCUGCAAAGCAUUCUUCCUGGGAUAUGAUGGAGCAUGCCAAACCAGAGAACUCAUGUGAAGAGAAACGCAGCCCCCCCUGGAACCCUCUGAGGAAAUGGUGGCAGCCCGGCUGGUUUUUUAGUCAGGAUGUGGGACUUCCACCUUCCCUGGAGCGAGGCGAGCCUCACUGGAUGGACGCGGAUCCUUUCCAGAGGAGUUUUUGCUUGGGAUACCUGUACGGGUCCAUGCACCAUCCCAGCCUGAAGGUCAACACGUGGGGGGUCAGCAUGGACGUGGCUCACUUCUCCCCGUCAGAGAUUUCCCUCGGUGUCAGAGAUGGAUUUUUGGAAGUUAGAGGAAAACAUGAAGAAAAGCCUGACCAGCACGGAUUCAUAAGCAGAUGCUUCAAUCGGAAGUACAGGCUUCCAGCUGAAGUGGGGGCCGCCACGAUCGUGGCCAGACUUUCUGUGGACGGGGUCCUGACCGUGGAAGCUCCGGUUCCAGAAACCGCCGUUCCUGCCGCCUUCUUCAUUCCAAUACAGGUGGAGAAUGAAGAUGCUGCAGAGCAAGAAGUGGAAGAAAAAGAUCAGGUAGAGGAAGAGUCUGGUGUUGAUCAGGCCAAACCUGGUUGCUCCUCUGCAGAGGUUCAGCAUGAGGAAGAGUCAGUACCUGCAGAUGAUGAAGGUGCAAAAGAUCUGCAAAAAUCUUCUGAGCCCCAGGAAACGAUGGAAAGCCAAGAGAUACAGAAAGCAUCCAACCAACAGCAGGAAAAAGCAGACGUGGAUGCAACGGCCCAGGAGAAGGUGGAUGAAGCCAAGCAGCUCGAGGAACAGAUGGAGGAGAGAAAACCACCCAGUGAGGAGCAGAACCGGGUUCUGGAGGAUGCUCACAUCAAAGAGUAAAAGCAGAAGUGCUUUAGCCUGCUUAGCUUGUCUGUCAUAGAUGCAUUUUAGUCAGAAACUGAAACAACCAUUUGACCGCGCCGCUGCUGGAGCUGCAAUAAAAGCUCUCAUGGAUGAAGA